UUUUCCAGGUUAUGCAAUAUGAGUGGUUGGGAGUGAAUUGUGGCUGUGAGAACAUUGAUAGUCUUGAAGCAUUCAAAGCGAAGACCCAGGGAGGCAAGGCAGCUGUUUUGUUGUUGAAGUGUGGAACUGAUGCUCCUGACGUGCAGAUGGAGAAAGAAACACAAGCAGAGAUGGAGGAGCAAUGUGGUAAGAAUAAUAUACCUUGUUAUCAAAAUGACUUUGGAGAUAAUAAGGAACCAGAGACAUUCAGAUCUUUGAAUUUUCCUAUAUGCCCUGCAUUCUUUCUUUUCAAAGAUGGCAAAGAGAUCAAAAGGUUGAGCCAUACAUUGGAACCAAAGACUUAUGAGCACAUCGAUUCUCUGUGUGCUACGAAAGUAUAAGAUGGAAAAGUCCAUAAUUAUAUAUUACGAUAAUUAUCAAACAGAGAUUCAUAUUAUUUGUUUUAUCCAUUUAAUAUUCGUCAAGGCAUUCAAUAUUGUUAUCGGUAGUUGGUUCCAGGAUUGAUAUCUUCAUUAUCAUAUACUAUUAUCAUAAUAUCAAAUAUAUUAUAUUUGUGUCAGUUCAUUGAAAAUAAAAAAAUGAAUAGAACAUA